AUGGAGGUGUGCAAGAUGGAGUCCUGCAAGGCGGAGGCUUCCCUGGCCGCGCUGACGGAUGCGGCCUUCGAUAAGGAUGAGGGCGUGCGGAAGCAGAUCGCCCAGUCCCUCUAUGAGCUGGGCUGCCACAACCCGGAGCAGGUGCUGGGCUCCUGCCUCGAGUUCCUGCUCAAGCACAGCCAGCUGGUGCAAGGGCACCGCACGGCCUUGCUGCAGUCGAUGGAGCGCAUCACUCGCGACACCAUCGGACUGAUUGGCCAACCGCUGGCCAAGAAGAUGAUCGCCCUGGCCUCCGAGGAGAUGAUCAAGCCCGGCGAGGCGGAGGUGGGCUGGAAGGAGGCGGCCAGCAACCUCCUGGUGGCCCUGGGCUCCAGGUUCAGCGACGAGAUCCUGGAGGAGGUCCUGCAGAAGCUCCAGCCCGGCACCCUGCCCCAGUUCUUCGUGGUGCAGACCCUGGGCAAUCUCUCGGUGGCCAACGUUCAGGGCAUCGUGCCUUACCUCCCGACCACCCUGCAGACCAUGCUGCCCAUGCUCCCCUUGGUCAAGCAGGACAACAUGAAGUGGGUGUUCACGUCCGCCAUGGGGCUGUUCAGCAAGAGCAUCCUGCAAUACCUCUCGAGCUUGGACAGGACCACCAAGCCAGUCCUCAACAAGGACGUGUUCUCCCAGGAGAUCUACGCGGCCUAUAAGAUCCUCUUCGGGAACUGGCUGCGGAACAAGGACACCAAGCUGAGGACCGCCAUCGUGGUGGCCCUGAGCUACAUGGUCCACCUGCUUCCCAGCGAAAGGAUGGAGGACGAGCUGCCCCGCUUUGUGGCCGGCGUCCUGGCCCUCUACAAGAAGCGCUGCGAGCCCUUCUACGUGACCCAGUGCCUGCGCAAUGUGCUGGAGACCGGGGUGGAGAUCACCAGCCACAUGCUCGAGACCCAGAUGGACAGCCUGCUGCCUCAGCUCCACCACCAAGUGUGCAGCCCUGUCGAGCCGGCCAACGAGCUGAGCUGGAAGAACCACGGCGAGGUGCUGCAGUGCUUCACCAUCCUCUCUCACGUCUCCAUCGACGGGCUCAUCAAGUUCCUCCUGCAGAAGCUGUCCAACAACAGCGAGAGGGUGCGUCUCGGCACCCUGACCGUGCUCGACCACAUCAUCAGCUCCGGCUUCAAGCCCCUGGAGACCAAGAAGGCCCUGAUCGUGUGCGGGGUGAAGCAGGCGCUGCAGGACAAUGAUAACAAGGUGAAGAAGAUGCUGGCCCAGGUCAUCAGGAGCAUGGGGGAGCAUGGCUACCUCCUGCUGGAAGGAGGGUGCACAUUGGUGGAGUUCCUCAUCCAGCAGUGUGGGUUACCUCCUGCCGAGAGCCCCUCCUGGCUUCAGCUGCAGGAGUCGGAGGCAGUCAGUGAUGAGGAACUCCGGCGCCUGUGCGAGGGCAUCAUGGGCUCCCUGGUCACCCUGGACACCAUGGAGGACGUCCUCUGGCCCUUUCUCCUGGAGUUCGUGGUGCCCACCCAGUACACCAACGCCCUGACCACCAUCUGCCGCUGCCUGGAGCGGGUGGGGGCGAAGAAGAGGCAGGAGAAGCAGCAGAGCCCCAUCCUGAACUACAACGAGAGGCUGGGCAUGCCCAAGCCCCACACCCUGCUGGCUCGCCUGCUGGCUGUCUCCGCCACGCCCUACGCGGGCCAGGGUAGGGGGUUGGCAGCUCUGCGGCUGAUGCAGGUGCUCAGCCCCAACGUCCACCCGGAGGUGGUGAAGCUGUGGGACGAGGAGCUGCCCCAGCUCACUCAGUUCCUGGCCGAGAACCAGGAGGACACCCUCCCCCAGAAGCUGUGGGAGGACAAGCUCUUCUUCUUCCUGUCCCGCACCCUGGAGACCAUCACGGACGAGAAGUGGACCUGGCAGCUGAGCGAGGAGAUGACCCGCCACAUUCACAGCUACCACGGCUUCCCCAGGGAGAAGGCCUUCCUCUACAAGUGCGUGGGCAUCGUGCUGGGCCAGACCAGCAACAAGGACGUGAUCAACAACGAGCUGCAGGAGAUGCUGCUCAGCGUCCAGCACAGCGAGGCGCUGGAGCGGGAGGGGCUGGCCACGGGCAUCGGCUUCUGCGCCAUGUCGCACCUGGACGACACGCUGGCCAAGCUGGACGACUUCGUUAAGAUGGACAUCGUGAAGAAGACGGCGAGCUUCUUCAACAUCCUCAAGGAGAAGCUGGACGGAGACAUGGAGCGGGUGAAGAGCACCCUCAUCCUGUGCUACGGGUACGUGGCGCUCUACGCACCCGAGGGGCUCAUCCUCCAGCGCAUCGACAUCCACAUCCUGGACCACAUCAUGAGCCUCUCCAACACCAAGGUCCUGGGCAUCAAGGUGGAGACCAAAGACCUGAUGAUAAAGUUGACCCUCAUCAAGGCGGUGACCCUCAUCGCCAAGGCCGUCUACGCCAACAAGGGCAAGCACCACUUCAAGUUCAGCCGGAGGGAGGAGGUGCUGUCCUACAUGCAGGACCUCAUCGGGGGAGAGCCCAAGGCCCACCUGAAGACCCGGGUGCGGCAGUCGGCCAUCAACGCCUGCACCCACCUCAUCCGGCUGGAGCCCCGGCUCAACGAGAUGGAGUCCUCCGAGCUCAUCCGCAACUGCCUGGAGGCCGUCUUCACCUUCCUCCCGCCGGACACUGACAGGAGGAAGGACACCAAGAAGCUGAAGGAACGCGAGGUGCUGCACGGAGAGACGGUCGCCGCCCUCCAUGAGCUGCUGAAGGAGUUCCUGACCCAGAACCUCAGCUCCGAGGGCCUGGAGUUCAUCUUCAAGCAUGUGCAGGAGUGGAUGGUGUCCAUCAAGGACUACGAGCGGGAGCGGGCUGUCCACGCCAUGCUGAUGCUCCUCAACUUCUACCGGGAGAGGUUCAAGGCGGUCAACGCCGGCACCUUCCACAACCUGGGCGUGCUGGUGGGCCGCUUCGUGCCGCGCUGCGCGGACCCCGUCCUCUCCGUCCGCUACGCGGCCAUGGAGAGCUUGUACACCCUCCUCUGCAUCCAAGUGCGCUACGAGGGCUGCGCGGUCAACCCGCUGGAUGACCCGGUGGAUCAGCUCCGCACCAUCAAGGACCAGCUGCAGAACCCCGACUGCCACAUGCUCUUCCAGAUCUGCUACGACGUGGCCAAGGUCAUCUCCAGCAAGCUGCCCAGGAGUCAGCUCCAGCCGCUGCUCUAUAGUCUCUUCGAGGGCCUGUCCGACUUCCACGCCACUUGCUCCAGCGCCACCUCCGUGGUCAUGAACACCCUGGUCCGGAGGCACGGCGAGGUCCUCCGGGACCAUGUGGCCGACAUCCUGGACCACCUGCAAGCCCGCAUGCAGACCAUCAGCCUGGAGCAGGUCCGCUUCUCGGUCAUCUACUUCAUCUCCCUCCUGACCUCCCAGUGCAUGCCCGGCGUCCUGACCUACCUACUGUUCCGGCCCCUGCCCCACGACAAGUACACCAGUGCCAUCUGGCAGUCGCUGGCCCGGGAGACCAAGUUGGCGGCCGCCACCAUGGACUGCCUGGUGAGCAAGCUCAACGACUACCUCUCCCACGACGACCAGAAGGACGUCCCCGGCAAGAAGCCGCAGGCCACCGGCGCCUCGGAGACGGUGGCCGCCGUCUACGGCCUGAGCGAGAUGGUCUCCAAUCCCGAGUCGGUGGAGGCGGUGGUCAGCCUGUACCCCAAGCUCUUCGGCACCUUGGUCCUCUACCUCAGCUCCGUGGUCAGCGAGAAGGUGGCCGAGAGCCAGGGCAAGGGCUCGUCCAAGAGGAAGAGGUCGGGCCUUCAGCAGCAGAGCAACCAGCAGGUCAACGUCUGGGACUCCUCGGUGGAGACGCUCAAGAUGACGCUGGUGCGGGGCAGGACGGAGGAGGUGGUCGGCUUCAUGGAGGACGAAGGGGCCUGGGAGCUGAUGAGGAGCGCCGAGGAGCACCAGCACGGCGUGGCCCUCCUAGCCCGGGCCACCUGCAGGCACGCCGCCCGCUACUUGGCGGACAUCGUGCGCUUCCUGGAGCCCAUCCUCUUCAACGUCCAUGAGCACCAGCGGGUGACGGUGGCCGCCUUCUUCAGCGAGCUGCUGGCUCAGCCCGUGGCGCAGGAGCUGAGGCUCACCGACGGUCUGGUGGACAACCUACUGAGGAGCCUGGAGGAUCCAUCCCCGACCGUCCACUGGCUCUCCACCCGGGGGCUGGGCAACGUGGCCGUCGGCUCCCCCCAGAAGGUGCCGAAGCACGCCGACAAGCUGCUGGCCGCCCUGGUCAGCGGGCUGGACAGGAAAGCCGAGCUCAACGACCUGGUCGUGCUGGAGGCCAUGUCCGGCCUCGCCAAGGUCCUGAGGCAGCUGGGCGAGGAGGACACGAGGCCCGUCCUCAUCGGGGUCAUCGCCGCCGUCCAGCCCUUCUUCGAGAACGGGAGCGAGCGGCUGCGCGCCGCCGCCUUCACCGUCUUCGGGAGCCUCUCCCGCUUCGCCGACGGCGGCUCCCGGGAUGUCUUCAUGGAGCACGUCCACUACAGCCUGGUCAGCCUGCUCCUGCACCUCAACGACAGCAGCCCCGAGGUGACCAGCGCCUGCAGGGCGGUGCUGCGCCUCAUCGGCCCUCACCUGAGCUCGGACAGCAUCUGUGCCAUCUUCCAGACCGACCUGCUGGAAGAAGCCAACAGCCGCUACUGGGACUUCAUCGGCGCACUGACCAAGCUCAUCGUCAUCGACUUCCCGGACAAGGUCAGCCUCUACCUCUCCAGCAGCGUGUCCUUCUUCAAGAGCAUGCUUCCCGAGAUCCGAGGCAACGCCGUCAUCCUGGCCGGCUUUCUGCUGCAGUACCUGCCCAGGGAGUACGCGGAGGCCAGCGCCGACGAGAACGUCUGCGUGGCCAUCAUCAUGAUGCUCCACGACGUCUCGCCUUGCGUCCGCAUCAAAGCCGCCAAGGUGCUGGGUCUCUACAGGGGCUUCUAG